CCCCCCCCCACCAUCUCUGCUCCGAGCCCCGCUUUGGCACCGUGUCCCAUUGACUAGACGGCGACAACCAGAGCAGCAUAUUCCACCACGUCUCUGUGCUCAACGCCACCGAAGUGGGCAGGUGAUGACCGGGAGCUCUGGUGUUCUGGCACUGGGGGACUAAGGGAUGCGCGCCUCCAGGGGGUCACACUUUGGGCAGGUAUGAGACCUGUGGCGCACAUGGAUGAAGGCGCAGCAGAUGUUUAGUAGAUCCCAGUGUGGAUGUAGCUCCAUAUUCCACUUGUACACUACCAGCAGGCCUGGACCCACUCAGCUCCACAUGGAUGGAAGCCGCUGUAGGAGCCGUACUCAUGGAAUACAAAGCCCAUGCUGGUGAGCAUGCCUGCCUGUCCGAGUCCACUCCUCUCCGGGAGCCUCUCCACGGUCCUCUCCUCCUGACACAGUCUCUCUACUCAGACAUCCACUGGUCGCUUCGAGUCCCCCUCGCCAUGAGGACGAGUGCUCGGUGAUUCGGUGUCUCUGCACGUCUGCACGGACCGGAGGACCCCCCCACUACUCCCCCACCCCCUUUUCGGAUCGGGCUUUUGUUGGCUACACAGAGGAUUUAUCUGCGCUGUGGGCUUUCUUUGUGUCAAAGGGCUUAACGCAGACUGCGCGGACGGCAACAGAGCGGGGGCUUUGCUUCACCCGCUGUUGCGCCCAGCUGCUCUCUUUGUGGCCGGGCCGUGAUGGCAGCCGGCCGGACGGAGGCGCAGGACCACCCGCCCGAGAACGGCUUCACCCCGCUGGAGCACCCGGUGCCCCGGCUGCUGCCGCACAUCGACGGCUCGGUUCUGCCGUCCCUGGGGGGCUUUGGGAAACAUCAGAAGCAGCUCGUGGUCCUGACCUGGAUACCGGCAUUGUUCAUCGGCUUUAGCCAGUUUUCGGAUUAUUUCCUCCUGGCGCAGCCCAAUGGCACGUGCGUGCAACCCCUCGCGAACCACAGCAACUGGACCGCGGCAACCCCGCCGGUCACCGUCACCGGUGGCGCACCCGCGCUGCAACUCAAAGGCAACGGCACCGGGGAGGGAUACGGCGACGGCAGCGGUAUGCUGUGCGCCUGCAAGGAGUGGAGGCUGGAGCUGCAGACAGGACUUAGUCAGAAUGUGGUUACCAAGUGGAACCUGGUGUGUGACUCAGCCUGGAAGGUGCACAUUGCCAAGUUCUCUUUGCUGGUGGGCUCCAUAUUUGGAUACCUAGUGAUGGGUGUCAUGGCUGACUGGUUUGGUCGACACCCAGUGUUGAUUCUCUCGGUGCUUUUCAUGCUGGUGUUUGGUCUGAGUGUUGCCUUCUCUGUAAACGUCACCAUGUUCAGCACCUUGCGCUUCUUUGAGGGUUUCUGCUUGGCGGGCCUCGCUCUCUCCCUCUACGUGCUCAGGAUCGAGCUUUGUUUGCCAGCCUGGCGUUUCUCCAUGACCAUGGUGGCCAGUUUUCUGAUGGUGGGCGGGCAGCUACUGAUGCCAGGGGUAGCCGCUCUGUGCCGUAAUUGGCCAGACCGGGAUGACUGGCAGGUCCUGCAGAUCGUAAUAAUCAGCCCUUUCGUUCUGAUGCUGCCCUAUGUCUGGAUUUUUCCCGAGUCGCUGCGCUGGUUGCUGGCCACCCAGCACUACAGGCGGUCCAAAGCCAUGAUGCUGCGCAUCGCCAAGAAGAACCAGGUUGACAUGACAACCGAGCCGAGUGGAGUUCUUUCAGAACUGGAGCAGGAGCUGCACAAGAAACCCCAGAGGACCUGCAUUGUGAAGAUGAUGAGCACGAGGAACCUGUGGAAAAACAUUGUGGUGCUGUGUGUCAACUCACUGACGGGUUACGGGAUCCACCACUGCUUCGCCCGCAGUAUGAUGGACCCGGAGGCGCAGCCCACUGCUUUGUGCCAUGCGGACUACUACACUAUGGCUGGCAUCGCCGUGGCAACCUGCCUGGCGCUUUGCCCCGCGGUCGGGUUGAUGGGUCGACGUGGAGGGCUGCUCACCUUCAUGAUCAUAACAGCCCUGGCCUCGCUGCUACAGCUGGGUUUACUCAACUUGAUUGGGAAGUACAGCCUUCGCCAUGACACAGUUCUUCGAGACUCCCUGAACAGGAGAUUCUCGGUGGCCUUCUCCAUCAUCGGCAUGUUCUCCUCUCACGCAGUCAGCACACUCAGCAUAUUCUUCUGUGCUGAAAUCACUCCAACUGUCAUCAGGGGUGGAGGGCUGGGCCUGGUUCUGGCCAGCGCCGGCUUUGGCAUGCUCACCGCACCCAUCAUGGAGCUCCACAACCAGAAGGGCUACUUCCUGCAUCACGUGAUCUUCGCCUGCUGCACCCUGUUGUGCAUCAUCUGCCUGCUGCUGCUGCCCGAGCCGCGGGGCCAGCCCCUGCCGGAGAGCCUGGCCGACGGAGAGUCCUUCACCCGUCAGACCCUGCUCCAUCCAGGAGAGCAGCACCUCCUUCUCGCCAAGAGUGACGGGGACUACUCCCGCGUCCACGACACGCCGUUACACCUCACAGCCACUGGAGGCGCUACAGUGGCGGUAGCCACCGCUCUGGCAGCGGUACCUGCCUCAUACGCCCUGGCGACUGGCGGGGAGGUGAUUGGAAACCGUGCCAUAGCCAAUGGGGUGUGAGCAUCAUAGCAAUAGUCUACUACAGUGCUAUUAAAUUGCUCAAGCAUUAACCUGACUGAAUGGUGAACUUGUGGGAAAAAACUUUUAAGGGAAAAAAGAAUCGUUGGAUGAACCAGAUGAACUCUUAACAGUGAGGUUUGAGAUGGUGACGAUAGUGCAUUUGUGUAGUUUGUAGUGACUAUGAUUCAUUCAGGAGUUGCCAAAAAAAUAUUGUACUGGACUAAGUUUAUCUGAAGUCAGUGUGUUGAAUAUGUCUUCAAGUGGUGUUGGUGAUUUUCUUGCACUGCUGUCCGCUCUGUCGAGAAUGAUUUACAGGUACAAGAAACAGACGCAGGCAAGCGAAGAGGCAAAGUAGAGCGACUAGCUUUCAAUAAUGUGUGCUCUGUGAGUUUUCUGUUUGUAGUUUUGACUCGUUGGGAGAGGAUUUCACUGCAUAUAAUUCUUUAUAAGUUAUUUUGCACUAAAUGUCAGAGACACAAUCAAGUGUUUGUGAUUUUAUGCCAACACAUUGGAGAUCCAGGGAUUGGCUAAACCACUACCACUCUUUGCAUGAAAGGGCACAAAUACUUUUACAUGUUUAUUCUUCUUAUUUGUGGUCCCUCUACUAGAAGUCCAAUGUGGCACUUUAUCCUUAGAGGUGAGGUCAGUGUAGACACUGAUUUUUAAAGAAUGCAUUACUGCUGUUGGUGUGGGUGUAUGAUGGUUGUCUGACGUGACGAACAGCCGGAGACCUUUGGCAGACUGUACGUGUAGCCGACGGAGACUGUGGGUGAGACUGAACAAAUCUGAGAGUUGAACGGACAUUCGAGUGUACUUCUGUAUGUCUUAUGACGCAUCUCAGCAUUUAAAUGGCUUUAUCGUGAUGGCUCUGUUCUUUUAACAAAAACAGAGGAUGUAAUUUAAGAAAACCAGUAUUUAUUUUGUCAUGCUGCCAAGGGCAAUUUGUUGCUUGAAAUACCUCCUUAAUUAGCAAAUAUUUCCACUCCAACUCUCACUCCUUGUUCUCUGUACCGUGGUAAUGUUGUAAUCCUGCUCUUAGGAUGUGUAACUUCUAGCCAGAAAGCACAAUAUUUUACAGUUUUUUGAAAUAAACGUUUGUGAAGAUUAGAAUAGAGCAGAGUCGUCUGCAUAGACCUGGCAUAGUCGUGAUUAGUGUACAUUUAUACACUUUACUAUGUAAGUAUCCCUUAGGACUGCAUAACAAACGUAAGGUAUGUAUACAUGUGCCAUUCAUUCAUAAUGUAUCCACCUUACUUUUAUAGCAUAUAAAGCACAGUGAAUAGAUAAACCAUCCCAUAAACCAUUUUUAUGUCCAAAUGUACCUGAAUCCACAGAUCCAAACAUCCUCCAUUUUUUAAACCAUAUUUAGUACACAGCACGUAUUUUGAACACCCUGUAUGGUUUUGCUAGUGUGUAUGUUUUCAACAGUUAAACACUCUGAGAGAGAGAGAGAGAAAAAAAAAAAAAAGAACUCAACCACUAAUGCUGUUUUCUAAGUGUUAUUUUUUUAAUAUGAUGCAUUUGUACAAAAAGCCAUAGGCCUACAUGUUUUGAUAAUAAACCACUUAAUUUAUUAUGUCAAUAAAAGAACACUUGAUGUGA